AUGUGCGUCGCGGGGAGCAUCAGCCUUCGGACGAACGUGCGACUCGACCUCUUAAAAUCAAACCUCUCUGAAAGGGAACCUAUCAGAACAUUAGACCUUCCUUCAGGUUCCGAGUCGCUACAGCAGCUCAGUCCGUCCCCGAAGCUCCUGCAACAGCCGCCGGGAAUCCCGCCGCAAGACCCGCAGCAAGACCCGCCGAAAUGGCUGCCGCAACAGCCAUCGCCGCAGGCCGAGCCGGAUCGCCUCGUACUGUCCUCUCCCUCCACUAACGCGUAUAUCAGCUGGCCAAUCGCGAGCCUCCGCCGCGUCGCGCGCGCACAUCCCGCCGCAUUCCCCGCGCCCACCCCGCUUUCACCUUCCAGUCUACCGGAGGAGCACCAUGCCGCGUUCGAGGAGCUCCUAGACGCGGGAGACGGCGUCGCGUCGCUAGGAGGACCGUCCGAGCGCGCUGGCGUACAAGCCUUCCUGUUCCUGCUGUCGCGAAUCGUUGGGCUCCAGCCCGCCCUCGUUACAGUCACAUCCGACAUCCCUCCCGGCGCGGGUCUCGGCUCGUCUGCUGCCUUCUCCACCGCCCUGGCCGCCGCCAUGCUCUCUGCUGCUGGCUCCAUCACACCCACGCCCUCGCUACAGUCACCCUCGUUACCAUCAUCCUCGUUACAACCACCCUCCGCACGCUCACCUUCGGUAGAGCGGCAGUCAGCGGGCAGGGGGGCGGGCGGGAGGGAACCGGCAGAGGUGGGGGAGGAGGGGAAGCGGGUGGUGAGCGGGUGGGCGUAUGAGGCGGAGCAGAUCAUUCAUGGGAAGGCAUCUGGCGUGGACAACCAUGUGUGCUGCCAUGGCGGCAUAACGUCCUUCCAGCAGGGCAAGGCGCACCCCAUCCCCUGUGCUCUGCCGCUCUCCCUGCUGCUCACCAACACGCGAGUCCCUCGCAGCACGAGCGCGCUCGUGUCAGGAGUGGGUGCGCGCCUGGCAGCGCAUGCCGACAGUGUGACAGCCGUGCUGCAAGCCAUGCACCAUGUGGUCCUGCAGGCCUCCCAGCUGCUACAGCAGCAGCAGCAGCAGCAGGGAUCCGAAUCAAGAGCAGCGAGUGCCAGCCACACCAGAGAGGCAAAUGCCAACGGUGCAGGAGCAGUGGCACAGUUAGCAGCAGCAGCUGCCGGUACUGAGUCCAUGGCGAACAAUGCAGCACCGGAAGAACCAGUGGCAGCAGCAGCCGCAGCAGCAGCCGCAACAGAAGUUCUAUAUGCAGUGCAAGCAAGAGAAUCAAAAGAAGAAGAAAAAGAAGGAGAAGCAGCAGCAGCAGCAGCAGCGGACCCCUCCGGUGCUGUCUAUGCGUCCCUGUGCACGCUCGUGAGCAUGAAUCAGGGCCUGCUGAGCGCUCUGGGAGUGAGCCAUGGCAGCAUUGACACAGUGUGCAUGGCAUCAGCGCGCUAUGGGCUGUGCUCCAAGCUCACAGGGGCCGGGGGAGGCGGGUGUGUGAUCACGCUGCUACCACCAGGAGCAGAAGACAAUACAGUGAGGGGCUUGCAAAACGAGCUUCAGGAUUUGCAUGGAUUUGAUUGUUUUAAAGUGUGCCUGGGUGGUGAAGGAGUGAUGCUGUGCUGA